UAAAGCAGGGCAACAUCUAGUUUUGCACAGAUUCUCAUUCUAUCCAUUUUCAAUUUUCAGCAAUGGUAGCAUAGCAGUAUCACGACUGAACGAGUAUUCUCCUUCUCUCUGUCUAAACUAUCUUGUAAAGAAUGUCAUUAUCAACCUCCUUUCUCUCUCCUCUUCACCUCUCUUCCACCACUCUCACCUCUCAUCGUCGCUCCACUUCCAUCUCUUUGCGCACUCAUUCACCACCACCACCAAUACCAGUAGCACCGCCGCAAUUACCACCGAAUUCUCUCUCCAUAACACCUUCCUUAAACACUAACAACCUCAAUUCUUCAACUUCCGUUUCUCCUCCUCCUUCUCUCUCCUGCGCUCUUCAGUGCCCCCAUUUUCACGAUUGCUCGGGAUGCACGCAUGAGUAUGAUCUUCACCAUCCAAGUGUGGUUGAUGAGGCUUUCGAUUUCUUUAAGCGUCAUGGUGUUCAUGAUUUCAGUUUCGACAGUUGUAGACUCUAUGGAUGGAGGUGUCGGGCAAAGCUUGCUGUUCGUGGUUCAUCCAUGGACCCUUUAAUCGGUCUGUAUGAGGAGGGUACUCAUAACAUUGUGGACAUUCCUGAAUGCAAAGCUCAUCAUCCAAGCAUCAAUGCAGCUGUUGAGCUACUCAAGAAAGGUAUUACUGACUUGGAAGUAGAACCAUAUGAUGAAGACUUGGGGACGGGUGAUCUACGAUAUGUGCAAAUGGCUGUGACAACACAUAACACCAAACUUCCAUUUUCUGAAAGAUAUAGAAAUGGUAAAGUGCAGGUUAGUUUAGUUUGGAACUCAAGAAGUGAGACAUCGCCAAGUUUUGAGAAACUAAAUUCUUUGGCCAAUUUUCUAUGGACAAAGGGUGGCCAAAAGGGUAAAGUUCAUAUAAUUCACUCCGUUUGGGCUAACUUUCAGACGUCAAAGAACAACAUAAUUUUUGGCAAUAGAUGGAGACAUCUUGUCGGUGAAAGAGACUUUUGGGAGCAUGUUGGUGGAAUUGAUAUCUACCUGACCCCUUCCAGCUUCGGACAAGCUAAUACGCGGGCUUUUGAUUCAUUGCUUCGCACGCUACACAAGUAUGUUCCAUAUGGUUCAUCGGUAACUGAUAUGUAUGGUGGAGCUGGUGUCAUUGGAUUAUCAUUAGCUGUGACAAGAAAAUGCAGGACUGUUAGGUGUGUUGAGAUUAACACAGAGUCAAAAAACUGCUUUGAGAAGACAGUCAGCCGUUUACCAAAACUUGUUGAUAGCAACAUGAGCUGGCACCAGGCUGAUGCUUCUCUGGAACCUCUUUCAUGGUUAAUAGGAUCUGAUGUAGUUGUGGUUGAUCCUCCCAGAAAAGGGCUGGAUGAUUCAUUGCUUAGCGCAUUACAUACUUUAUCAUCAGUAAAGCGUAAGGCAGAUACUUCUGCCAGUUCCCCCUCAAAUUUGAAAGAUGAAAAGAGACCAUGGAUUUUGCGAGAAAGGGAAGCUUCAGUCAGCAUACAAAGCACAACACAUAGGUCAGAAAGUGAUGAGCUGCCUCAAACACUAAUUUAUAUAAGCUGUAGUUGGGAUAGCUUCAAAAAGGACUGCAAACAGUUAAUAUCGAACAAGGCUUGGUCUUUGGAUAAAGCCCAUGGCUUCAACUUCUUCCCUGGAACACAGAGUGUGCAUGUGAUAGUGGACAACUAUGUCAAUCAUAUUUGGGUAAUCGUGUCAUUGAUGGUAUUGAGGUUUUGGCUAUAUUUAAAAGGGGUCCUUUUUUGACUCAUAAGAAAAAGGCAUCCAAAAAGAAGCCGAAAAAGUCGCAACGAGGAUAGACCAACGCUGUAUCUGCAUUUGGCUUUGGUUAUUGCAUCAAUGUGUAGGACCUCUUCAGAAGUGGUCCGAUAUUGACCCUGAAAAUGCUGACCUUGAGGAAGAAACAAAGAUUUAAUGGUCACAUGAAGCAUUGACUAGUUCCACUAUGUAUGAGCUCAUGCUUAUAUGUUCUGCGACAUAGAACCAGAGCAAAGCCAUAAAGGGGGAAGGAAUCCUUACAAGAAAUGUGGGGCUGCUGCUAUAUUUAAUGUAUUUCCUUUUAUACAUAGUGAAUAUGUAAUAUUUUGGCGAGCCUACACAAACUUUUUUCAUGAGGAUUUCAUAAAAUGUACAACCUUGUACAUAUCAUAUUAGGCAAAAUGAAAGUUGUGGAAAGAAUGCAAUGAAAAUCUAUUGAUCCUAGGAGAUAAAGUCUGCCAA